GAAUCACUUGAAUGACCCGCGGGCAGUCUUGGCUAUAAGCGACCUUGAAACAGUGUGGCUGCGGGCGUCGUCGUUCGUUUAUUUCUCUCCCAAAAUAAUUUCGACAGACGACACGUUUUGUUUAUCCAAGUCAGUUUCUCUCUUUUCUAGCUGGCAACUGCUGCUGUGGUUUCACUCUGAUCGUCUUGUUUCUAUAAGUCCCAAGAACAAAACAAUUAUGGCCAUCACUCAACAAGCCAAAAUAUUGAGACACCCGGAUGAAUAUGACGAAACAAUCCCAAAUCUUACACUAACAGAAUAUGUCGUUGACAAGAUGCGUGAAUUCGGCAACGAUAUCGCUUGUAUUGAUUCAGACACGAAACAAUCGUUGUCGUACAAUGAGAUUUGCGAAAACAUCUUGGCCCUAGCAGCAGGACUCCAAAUGAAACUCAAUCUCAAACCGGGCGACAUUGUAGCCGUUGCUUUGCCCACCUGUUUGGAGUACUCGAUCACCGUCUUGGCCUUGAAUUUGUGCGGGGCGACAUCUACCUUGAUCAAUCCUGGCCAAACCAUUUCUGAAUUGACGCACUGCGUUCAACUGACGAAACCCAAAUUGUGGGUCGGAACGGACAGUUUUAGUAGCAAAUUUAGUCAACUCUAUCCGGACGUUGCCAGCAGACCGCCUAUGAUUUUAUUUGGAUCAAAGACCAGCAACGGACUCGACUAUGCAGGAUUGAUGGACUCUGGCCGUGGAAAAACUGUUCAGCCAGUGGGUAAUACUCCACUAGACUUGGACGCUUUUAUUUUAUUCUCCAGCGGGACAACAGGUGUACCUAAAGGUGUCGUCCUAACCAAUCUGAAUUAUGUCGUCACGAGGAAACAGAGCUUGGAAUCAACAAAAAUUUCUUACAGGGAUCCUGAAGACGUCACUCUCUUCUUCAUGCCGCUGUAUCAUGCGGCAACACUAAACGGCCUAUUUGAAUGUUUUAUGCGUGGUCUGCGAUUUGUCCUGAUGCCCAACUUCACCUUCGAACUGAUGUUGCAAUCAAUUCAGGAAUUUAAAAUCACUUUGAUGUUCCUGGUUCCAGCCAUAGCAGUGCAGCUGUUGAAACAUCCAGUAGAGAAACACUACGACCUUACUUCAUUGAAGAUGUUGAGGUCUGGAGCUGCCGCUAUCAGCAAAGAGACGCUUGUUGCCCUUGCCGAAAAGUUUGGUGUCCUUGUUCUGCAACUCUAUGGCCUAACUGAAGCCACACUCUGCACCCACGGCAAUACUUUCACAUAUAAUCGUGAUGGAAGUAUCGGAGUCGUAGCGCCAUUUUGCGAGUCCAAGAUUGUGGAUACAGAAACGGGCGAAGCGCUUGGUCCCAACCAAGAGGGUGAGAUCUGCGUAAGAGGCCCAAUCGUGAUGAAGGGUUAUAUUGGCAACGAAGCUGCCACCAAAGAGACGGUGGACACCGACGGAUGGUUGCAUUCCGGUGACGUUGGCUAUUACGACGAAGACGGUUUCUUUUUCAUCACUGAUCGUAAGAAGGAGCUCAUCAAGUUCAAAGGACUUCAGGUAUCUCCUACCGAAUUGGAGAAGAUCCUACUGGGCCAUCCGGAAAUUCAGGAUGCGGCAGUGGCUCCCGUUCCAGAUGAAGUGGCUGGCGAGCUACCUAGAGCUUACAUCAUUAAGCGGCCAGGCUCGGCUGUGACGGAAAACGACAUCGCCAAAUUUAUAGCCGACCAAGUGAGUGCGCACAAACGUCUUCGUGGCGGUGUGGUUUUUGUCGACUCCAUCCCAAAGACGGCCACGGGCAAGAUUAUGCGACGUCAACUAAAAACCAUUAAAAGCAAGUUAUAGUAAAGGGUUCAACGAAAUAGUCUUAUCUUGUUUUCAAAUUAUAUUUUACACUUGGCCAUGUCUGUAGACGUUACAAAAUAUACUCUUUAUCAGUCUUGAA